AAUUAAUAUUUCCAGGCCGCCACACAAAACUAGACUGCCGACAUCAAGUGUGAUUCGUCAUCCGUCUUGCCUGCAAUCGUAGAAAAACACCGAGCAGAGCUGUCGGAAACCAUGGCAUCCAAGAACAGAGACUGGGCUGACGAUGACGAGGGCGACGAGGUCGCGGCCGAGCUGCCGCCCCCGCAGACGAUCCAGAACAAGGACGGCACCAAGACGACAAUCACGUACCGCUACAACGAUAACGGUCAGAAAGUUAAGACGACGCGGCGGAUCCGACUAGUGACGCACCGCGAGGUGGUGAACCCACGCGUCGCCGAGCGCAAGACCUGGAAGAAGUUUGGCCUGUCCGAGAAGGACGGCGCCGGCCCGCAGAUGGACACGACGUCGGUCGGCGAGAACAUCAUCUUCCGGCUCAGCACGAACUGGCGCAAAGACAUCAAGGACGAGUCCAAGGACGCCAACGCGAACGCGAUGAAGGAAAAGCUCAAGGACAAGACCGUGAAGUGCCGUAUCUGCAACGGCGAGCACUUUACCGCCCGUUGUCCUUACAAGGAUACCAUGGCGCCCGUGGGCGCCGAGGGCAGCGGCGCUGACCUAGGGGCUGGGUUGGGAGACGAGGCCGCGUCUAACGCUGCCGGCGCUGCCGGUGCUGGGAAGAAAGGGAGCUACGUUCCGCCUGCGCUUCGCGGAGAUCGUGGCGCCUCUGGCGGUGAGAGGAUGGGCGGCAGCAAGUAUGGCGAGCGGGAUGACUUGGCUACGCUGCGUGUCACGAACGUCUCCGAGAUGGCGGAGGAAUCCGAACUGCGCGACAUGUUCGAGCGCUUCGGCCGCGUCACCCGUGUGUUCCUCGCCAAGGACCGCGAAACCGGCUUGGCAAAGGGCUUCGCGUUUAUCAGCUUCGCAGAUCGGGGCGACGCCGUCAAGGCUUGCAGCAAGAUGGACGGUUACGGGUUCAAGCACCUGAUCCUGCGCGUCGAGUUCGCCAAGAAGGCCGCUUAGAGGGGUUUCAAACGGUUAUCGGGAAUGCUUCGCGCCGGGGCAAAGGGGCGGGCAAAAACUUGUAGGUAAAGGAUUACAUCACGUUGAAAUAUAAUGAGACACGGGUUCUGUUCCAUGAUGCGACAUCGCAUACGCUUCGUGGCACAACAAGGAGUUUUGUUUCUUCUUUCUUUUUUAGGGGUCUCGCCUAGUUUUGUGAUAUCCUUAGAAACAUGCAGAUUAUUCGGUUCCCGGCAUCCGACCCCCAGUAUCGUCCAAUACACGAUACCUUCUCUCCCCUAGCUCGCCUAUUAUUUUGCCAGGCAACUUGUCUACCGAACGAUGCCGGAUCUGGGGCGAGAAAUGGUGCAAGGGACACAGGGACGAUAGCCUCAGGUUCUUUCCCUACGACGGGCAAGAUACGCCACACACGCACUCUCUCUCACUCUCUCUCUCACUCUCUCUCUCGCUGUUACAACUCUCCCGAGUGGCGCCCGAUUAUAAUUAUGCUGUCAAAGUCAU